GCAUCCAGCAGACGGUGUCUUGUUCAUUCGCGCACACUGCCAUGCAGACAGACUAUCCGAUAGACACCUCUAGUCGGCCAACACCUUUCGGCAUGCAAAGCGUGCACCCACAUGCCUGUCAGCCGGCCCCCCAAGGUGUCCGUCUAUCAGUUUACUCGAGCCGCACCAGCUCGAGCCUGUCUGACUGUUUUUUGAUAGUUGGUACGGUAAGCUCCGUUCUAAUCCAUCGCAGCUGAAACUUGGUGCUCGAGAGGUUGAACAGGGCGUGCGCUGUGCGGAACCUGUCGGUGAUCCUCUCCGACAGACAAGUGCGGUCGAAAGCUACGUGCGCCUGCUUGAUCCCCUGUGGGCAACACACCACACAAGUGGUCUUGUUCCUGAGCUCUACUCUUCUGUGCGUAUACCUUGACAUCGCUGGCUGCCUGCAAAAACGCCAGCACAUUCCCGUGGACUUUCUCGACCUCCGAAUCCUGAGAAUGGGCCCACAGGAGACCUGCACACCAAAAAAUGCAACGUCAUAUACACGUCGGCCGCCAAUCGAUACCCUCUACAUGCAGGGACAGCUCUUCUAUCGUCGGCAGCGCCUCGCGAAUCGCGCCCAAUUCACCAAAUGGGGGUCUGCCGGUCAGGCUGGCUGCAUGCAGCCCCAGCGUCACCCGGCUGAUCGUCUUGUCCGGGGCUGCGGCGUGAAACGCCUCGAGGAAGUCCCGCGCCUCACUCCCACUGCCGGCCUUCACACACUCGAGUGAGGGCAUCUGCUGGGCGGCCUCCACCGCUUUGGCGAUCCGUGUAGAUCGGAGGCAGAAGGUGGUGGCCUUCGGAAAUGCCGUUGGCGUCACCGGCUGGGCAGGCAAGGCGUCUGUGGGGUCCUUGAAUACCACGACGCGCACUCCGCUGGCGAAGCCAGCCACGAGCUUUCUGACGGUGGGGGAGCGGUGGGCACUGCUCCAUGUGACCAGCUGGUGGUCGACCUUCCCCUCCUCAUGCAGGCACGGCAUCACCAGCUGGCCGAGGGCGUCGGGGUGCAUCACAGCGUCACUGACAGAGAGACAGGAACAAAACAAGCACACGCGGCUGAAGUACGAGGCAUGCAAAACACUCUCUUUAUGUGGCCGGCCUUACACGAGCUCUGCUGCCCUUUCGAUCAGCUCUCUCGUCUCGGCUGUGUCCUCCAGAUAUCCCUCGAUUGUGUCCUCGGCGAAAUCCAGGUGCAUCUCACGCACGCUGUUGACGCACCCCCGGCGCACCAGCAGAUCCCGGAAGUCCUGCAUCUCGGCAGGCUCCCAGCGGAGGUUCGUGCUGUCACUUGCGACGCGCACACGGCCGAGGGAACGCAAACCCGACAGCGACUUGCCCUCAGGAAUCCCCCUGAGGAACUCAUCGUUAUCCCAUCCAGUCCUGCACACACACAUAACGAGAUGGCGGUCAUUCCUGCCUGCCACACGGUAUGCACCCGCACCCAUGUGUAUCCGUCCGCCGUACCCGCGUGUGUCGUACUCGAGCUUCUCCAGCCGGGUACCGUCCCCAAUCUACUGCCGGGCCCCCUCGAACUCGUCGGCCUCGCUGAACGUGCGCUGGAAGGUCAGCACUCGGACGUUAGGCGUGUGCCAGUUGCGGCCCACCCGAGCAGCCGCAUGAUCGAACAAGACGCCAAUGACGGUCGUGAGGGCGGGCAGAUGGACGGGGAAGGUGGGGGGCGGGCCGAGGGGGUCCCACUCACCAGCAUCGCCAUUGGCAUCUUCGAACCGCAGCACCUGGAGUGUGGCUUGUGAAGGGGGAUGGCUAGGUGGCGGGGCGGCGCUCUCGAUGCCGUCAUCCAUGGCUGACGAUGAUGCGGCGCUGCUGCCCGGCUGCUCACUGCUGGCGUGGCCGUGUGCAUGGCCUUCAACUAAGGAUACCCAUGCACCGUCACACCAGUAGGCUUCGCCUAGGUGGCGGAUGGUCAGUUCUUUGAGGUUGCGGCUCCUCUGGCCCCACCUAUGCGCCAUAUCGCACGACAUUCGCUCCCACAUGCCGCGCGCCUCGUCGUCAUCGCUGUCCAUCGUCAGGUGGCUGUACUGCUGCACCGCUUGGUGGAAGAUGCGCCGGCCGAUGGCCGGCCGCAGCCGUGCCAGCUCCCAGGGCUGGAAGUGGCCGAAGAUGCACGCACAAGUGUCGGGGGCCAGGACAGGCUGCCAUCAAGGGCACACACCACACACGGCACAACCAAAAUUGACACAUACCAAUUUGAGUGUGUCUGUGGUGUGCGUACCGGUUGACUCAUGGGGUCGUUGCCGCUUCGAAGUACGAGACGAUACGAGGGAGCACGAGCGGGCUGCUCAUCCUAACAUACACAGAAGAGAACAGUGCGUCUGAUGACAGCCGCUGCCAUGCUCCUCUUGACUUUCCAGUCACCUGUGUCUGUGCUCGCGGGUCAGCGUUGUUGGUCUCUUGUCCUUGGCGCGCCUCAUCUGCCGUCGAUGCGGUGAGGGCAGCCACGGCCCGCGCAAGCGGGAUCCGCUGCAGUGCUAACUGUGUGGUGACGGCCGCCAUGUGGGAGGCCAUCAAUGUCAUCUGCUCACGCACAUCUCGGGCCGCGCGCAACGAUGCCUGCACACAGCAACACACACACACACACACACACAAUGGAAGGACUGUGUGUGCAGUUCCCCCACUGGCUUGUUCUCGGGCGUCCGUACCUCUGAAAUUAUUUGCGGAGGCUGCAACUGCUGCACGUGUGACGAAAUGCUGUCCACCUGAACCGAGAAGACGACACCGGGCACAGAGACGAUGCCGCUAGCACCUUUGCUGCAGCAAAGGGCUGGCGGCUCAUCUACCUCUGCUAGGAAGCCAUUCAGGUCCGCAAUACUACUCUUCAACGAUUUGGCACCAUCACCCAGCUGAAAACACAGGACGAACCAUGGACGGGGAUGGACAUGUACACACGCGCCGGCGGAAAAGCCCUGUUUUCUCACCUGCGCAACAACCGUGUUGGCCGAGUCGCCCUGACGCUGGUCAACAGUGUCAUGCGAUGGACUGCUACUUAAGAUCUGCAGACAGACAGGUGCAAGGGAUACACAUCAAAUGCACGGCGCAGGUGAGUGUCUACGAUGCAUUUUGUGUGCAUGAGUACGUCGCUUUGGAUCUGCUGAAAGGCCCUUCGCACCUGAACACCAUGGAUGACAGGGAUGAGAGCACCAAGCGAUUUUGGCUUCUGGAUGAUGAAUCACCUGGUCCAGGUCCAUUCG